AUGCUGCCAUCAUCACUUCGUCCGCGUGGUUAACUCAGCUGGCAAAACGGGUUAGCAAAAGAGUAGUGAAGUCGAGCCAUCAUCUUUCCGCGCCAUUUGCGCACUUGCGAGCUGCACCCAGUUAGCGGCCGACACGUGCCUUUACACACGCGUCUACUGCGGGGGUGACUCUUCACAGGGCCGAACCGCAGUGACUUUGGGCUUGGGUAACGACUGGUGCGCGGCCCUUGACACGUCGCUUCGAGGAGUGGAGGAGAGCGCGGAGCGCAAUGGUGGAGGGGCACCAGUGCCACCGUGUGGCCGCAGCGCACCGCAAGCUGCUGGUGGGCAAGAGCUUCCAGGCGCGGUCGCCCAACGGCCGCUUCAAAGAAGGCGCGGCGCUUAUCAAUGCCAAGCCGCUGACGCGCAUCGAGGUGCACGGAAAGAACCUGUUCUACUUCUUCGGCGGUGAUGUGCCCCAGCAACAGCAGCAACAGCAGCCGCUACGGCCUGAGGUGGUCGGGACGCCGGAGGCGGCAGUAGCCGCCGCGGCGGCGGUCGCCGCGACCACCGCUGCCACGCCCGACGCUCCGCGGCGCGCCAGCCGCGCUGCCGCCGCGGCCUCCGGAAGUCCCGCGUCAGCAGCGGCUGCUGCCGCCAAGAGCAAGGGCAAGCGUGGCCGAGCUGCAAAGGAGGAUGAGGCCGAGGCCGCCGGGGGCGCUGCUGCUGCCGCUGAGGCCGGGCCGGCGGGCGGCGAGGUGGUGGUUAUGCAUGUGCACUUCGGCAUGAGCGGCGCCUUCAGGACCAUGGAGCUGCCCGGCCUGCCGCCCACUGACACCACCCGCCUGGAGCUGCUGCACAAGGGCGCCGGCCUGGUGGCCCACCUGUCCGCCAUGACGGUGGCUCACGGCGGCCCGGCCUUUUACGUGACCAAGGCGGCGGCGCUGGGGCAGGACCCGCUGCGGGAGGACGCCGACAAGGAGGUGCUGUGGGCCAAGGUACAGAAGAGCAAGAAGUCCAUCGGUCUGGUGCUGAUGGACCAGACGCUCAUCGCGGGAGUGGGCAACAUCUACCGGGCAGAGAUCCUGUACAAGGCACGUGUGCAUCCAGAGCUGCCCGCGGCCUCCGUCAGCCGCGAGCAGUUCGACCGCAUCUGGUGGGUGAUGAAGCAGGCACCUUGCGCCCCCUGCGAAGCGAAAUUAUCAUAUUACAUGGAGAACACGUAAAGGCGUCCUGGAACGCUUUGAAGGAAAGAAAGGCGAAGGCGGGUGUCGGCUGUGACUUCCGCCGUUCUGGAAAGUGUACGAGUUCCUGGGACGGGGAGUACCAGUACCCAGCCC